GCCCAAUUUAGUAGCGCAGGCUUGAUGAAAAUGAGUUUGAAGUGAUGUGAACAGUUACAGGUGUCAGCAAUGUUGACAAAAUGAUGUCUUUGCUAUUCUCAUGUCAUGAUGAUGUCUUUGGAAACUUGUGCUGAUUUGUGCUGCAUGAUGACCAUAUGUCUCAUUUGUCAUGUCAAACUGCAAACCUUGAUGCCAUCAUUGAUCUUUCCAGCUUUAGUGUCGGACCUCUUCUCUUGCACAACUGAUCUCUUUUACGCCUGAUCUCUUUUACAUCUCUUCUCUCUGACCGCCAGACAAACUGGCGUUUUUCCGUCCUGGCGGCUCAAGAAUGGCGAAGAAACAGCGACCAUACAACAAGGAACCGAAAGGGAAAGGCCCGCCCGCGCCUGUCCCUGGUUCGAAUCGCACGAUCAGACGUGAGCGGGUGGAGGCUUGCUUGAAAGGAACUGAGGUGAAUGGCUGGCCAGUGGUGAAAACCACUAUGUCUGAAGUGAAGGCGAUCGCCAAAAAACUUGGGAUUCAAAUUCCUGCCGAGCCGCCUCCUGGCGUGGAGCUUUUUGUUCCCAAGCCCAGGGUCAGCCGUCAGGAGCAGCAACAGACGAAGCCUGCAUCAACCUCCUUGGAGGCUUUGAAGGCGACUUUGAAAGCGAAGGAAGCGGAGAACAGGCAAAGAGAGGUCGAGGAGAAAUUGGCAGAGUGUCAAGAAAGAAACAAGGAACAGGCAUUGGCGCUGCAGCAACUUGUGGAGCAGCAAGUUGCUUUGAACGAGACCUUGGAGCAGAAACUUCUGAAGCGUCAAAGUGCACAAGAAGAUGAGUGCAUUAUAUGUCGGAACAAAAAACCUGAUACCGUCAUUUUCCCCUGCAGACACCAGCAUGUCUGCUCAUUGUGUUUGCAUGAUUUAAUUCGCCGACAUAAUAGCAGAGCGGCGGCUUGUCCUUCAUGCCGCACUCCAAUUGGCUUCUUUAGUACGGUGUACAGACUUUAG